AUGGAAAACAUGAACCUUCAGCCCGAUACUGUGAGAUCUGUAUAUCCCACUAUCGAUGCCUCCACCAGCUUGCAACAAAGCGCAAAGGGGAAGGUGGUGUUGAUCACCGGCGCUGGUCGUGGCAUCGGACAAGCCAUCGCCGUCGCUUUCGCCCAGGCCUCGGCUGCCAAGCUUAUCCUAACCGCCCUAGAGGAGUCAGAGUUGGACGAGACCCGACAGAAAGUCCAGGAGAUCAAACCGAGCAUCCAAGUAUUCUCGCGCGCCCUUGACGUCCGAAGCAACGCGGAUGUGGAAAAUUUCGUCUCACAAGCCGCCAUCUGGGCCGGGAACCGCAUUGAUGUGCUCUGCUGUAAUGCCGGCAUUAGCCCUCCCCUAGUACCCAUCGCAAGCGGCGAUCCCGAUCGGUGGUGGAUGGGCCUCGAGGUCAACCUCAAGGGUGUCUACCUCUUUGCGCGCCACGUGCUGCCCAUCAUGCAAGCCCAACGUGCCGGUCAUGUCAUCAUCACGGCGUCUCGGGCGGCAACGCGUGCAGAAGAGAAUCUGUCCAGCUACCAGAUCUCCAAGCUGGCCGCCACGCGCCUCUGCGAGUGCAUCCACCGGGAGAACCAAGAAAUGGGCAUCCGAUGUUUCGCCAUUCACCCGGGAGGCAUUGUCACGCGCCUCCUGACGGACAUUGAGACUAAGGAGACCGAACCAUGGGCAUCUGAGGCGGUCAAUAUCAUCCGGCCGCACUUGCAGGAGGACAUAUCCCUGCCAGGUAAUGGGUGUGUGCUUCUCGCAUCAGGGCAGGUGGACUUUCUGAGCGGGAGAUAUGUUGACCUGACGAUAAGUUUCGACGACAUGAUCCGAGAGCAGAAGUCGAUUGAGGAGCACGACCUAUUCAAAAUAGGGGUUGGACUUCAUUGGUCCCCGGCCGGGGGGGUUGUACCAUUCUGA